AUGCAGCGAAGGUGCCACCGAGGCCUCUGCACCACGGGGGGCACAGGCCCGACCACCGGCAACACUGCCUCACCCCAAGUUGUGCCAGAGAGCGACCCAGAGGAGCCAGAUGUGUGUCCAAACAUCCGCGUGCUCCGAAAGCGCCGCCCCACCCCAGCCUUGGGCCUCCGCACAGAUUUGGCCCAAUCCCACCUGGAUCCAGACAUCAGGGGACCCAAAAAGCACCGUUUUUGUCCCAAAACUACCCUGACUCCAGAUGUGGGGGGCAAAAUUUCAGACAUUCGGCCCCAAAAUCACUCCCCAAACCCGAAAGGGCAGGUGGAUCCAGAUGUCAAGCACCUGGGAGGCAGCACAGUGGCUCUUGGCAUUGAAAGCGAUACAGAUGAUGAGGUGCACCCAAAAUCUGCUCUUCUUCACCCUAAUCGUCAGCAGGCCGCCCUGGAGGUGCGUGUUGACCCAAAUGUGGAGAAACGAGACCCAAAUCCAGGUGCUGAAGGUGCCCAAAAUGGGCGUUGGAUGCUUGCGGUGGACAGCGACACGGACGUGGAGGAGGCUGAUGUUCUUCCGUCCGUUGGAUGCCCAAAAAUACGUCGAAAGGCCCAAAAGGUGCCAAAAGCCCCAGGUGUGGAGAUGAAGCCCCCAGAUCCAGAUGUUGGCAGUUCGAAAAAUGGAUUCCAGAUGCUCGCGGUGGAUAGUGACACGGAUGUGGAGGAAGGUGGAGCAAAUCCAGCUGUUGGGCUGGCCAAAACCCCUCAAACGACCAAAACCACCCCAAACUCUUCAAACAUAAAGAUGAAGAGCCCACAUCCAGCUGUUAAAGGCCCCCAUAAGGAACAUCCACCGCUCACGGUAGACAGCGAUACUGACGUGGAAGAGGACAGACCAAAUCCAGAUGCUGUGUGCCUCCCAGCCCCUAAAAUGACCCAAAACACACCAAAACCCCCAAAUAUUGAGAUGGAGACUCCAAACCCAGAUGCUGAUGGAUUCCAAAAGGAGAACUGGACACUUGUGGUAGACAGCGAUACGGAUGUAGAAGACAACAUCCUUCCAGGUGGUGUCAGCCCAAAACCCCACACAAUGACCCCCAGAGACCCAGGUGUGGAGACCCGAGGUCAAGAUGCUGAGGGACCCAAAAUGAGUUGCCGGUCCCCACUGGUGGACAGCGAUACAGAUGUGGAUGAGGACCCUCCCAGUGCAGAAGGUAGGGAUCCAAAACUACAUAAAAUAACCCAAAAUGCACAGAGAAUUCUGGAUGUGGAGAUGCAGACCCUGAGUCCGCGUCCUGGAGAACCACAAAGCGGACACGAGAUGCUCAAAGUGGACAGCGAUACAGAUGUGGAGGAGGAUGGGCUGAAUCCAGAUGUUGGGUGUCCAAAAACCCAUAGAAUGACCCCAAAAAUCCACAAUGACUCAGACAUAGCAAUAAAGACUGAUCUUGAAGGUCCCCAAAACAGAGGCCAGAACCUGGAGGUGGACAGCGACACAGAUGUAGAGGGAGAAGACCUGAACCCAGAUAUUCCCAGUCUGAAAAACCACAAAACACCCCAAAAUGCCCAGAAGGACCCAACUGUGGUGAUGGAAACCCCAAAUCCAGAUGUUGGUCGGCACCUGGACUUCAACAUGGACAGCGAUACUGGGGUCGAGGACAAUGGUGUGGUGCCAGAUGUUGGGGCAGUACAAGGGGGACAGGGGGCACCUGGUGAUCCAGAUGUGGCAAUGGCGCCCCUAGAUCCAGAUGUUUCCCCUCCCAUGACCCCCCAGAGUGGCAGCGACACCGACGUGGAGGAGGUGGCCCCCACUCCCUACGUUCGGAGCCUCCGGAGCAAAACCCGACCCCGAAAUCCAGAUGUUGUGGACUCCUCGAUGGGCAGCAAUACCAGUGUGGGACUGACGGACCCCAAAUGCCAGAAGCCAGCCCAAAAAAGUCAGGGUUUGCCCCCAAAAUCAUGCAGUGAUGGAGGUGUGGAAGGAGAGGUACCAAAACAACAUGAUUUAGCCCCAAAUACAGACGUGGAGGACCCAAAUCCAGAUGACAAAGUGCAGCAACACAACCCCCAGACCUCAGCGAUGCGCAGCGAUACAGAUGUGGCACCAGCUGGUCUGGCCCCCAAAUCUCCAGUUCCAGCCCCAAAUUUGGGCCUCGGUGGUGAUGCUGCUUGGGGAUCCAGGAGUGCUCAGGCCACCCCUCGUGGGGACACGGAUGCAGAGGUGGCAGAGAGUGAAACUGAGGAUGACCCCGACCUCUUCCUGGAGCCCACCCAGAGCUUCCUGCCACCACUGGUGACCGAAGACGCAGCCCCGGGCUGGGACCCUGAGGAGGCCACACAGCUCUUCUGCCACCCCAAGCUGGAGGAGGAGGAGGAGGAGGAAGAGGAGAAGGAGAAGAAAGAAGAGGAGAAGGAGAAGGAGGAAGAGGAGAAGAAGGAGGAGGAGGAGAAGGAGGAAGAGCCCCCCCAGGACAUCCCAGCCACCCGUGUCCCCCCAGCUGAGCCGGUGGUGGUGACACCAGCCCAGGAGGGAGCAGGGACCGGCUCAGCCCCCGGCGGUGACGUAACGGAGGGGCCCCGCCGCAGCCAGCGCCUGGCCCGGGGCCAUGGGGGCAGAGCCCCUGGAGGGGGCGGGGCCUCUGCUGUGGGAGGAGCCUCUGGAAGGGGCAGAGCCAGCCAGGCAAGGGGCGGGGCACUGCCAUGCCCCACCCCCCCACGCCGCAGCCCUCGCCUCCAGGCCCGCCCCCCCUCCCCUGCUGAGCCACCGGCCAAGAAAGGGCGGGGCCAAGAGGAGCCACGCCCCCCGCCCCGGCCAUGCCCCAAAAGGAGCAGCCACGCCCCCUCGCAGAAGCAGAUACGGGAGGAGGAGGAGCCUCCAGAAGUCACCAGGCUCCAGCUCCGCCCUCGGGGAGGCAGUGGCUCCUCCAGCCCCAAGGUGCUGUUCACGGGGGUGGUGGCCUCCCAGGACAUGGAGGUGGCCCUGGGCUCACUGGGGGGGUCCAUGGCCACCUCCGUCUUCGACUGCACCCACCUGGUGACCGACCGCGUCCGACGCACCGUCAAGUUCCUCUGCGCGGUGGCACGUGGCAUCCCCAUCGUCACCCCCAAGUGGCUCCAUGAGAGUGCCCGCAGUGGCCGCAUGCUGGCCCCGGGGUCCUUCUUGGUGCGUGACAGCCAGCAGGAACGUCACUUCGGCUUCAGCUUGUCCCAGGCCCUCAGCCGUGCCCGCCACCACCCCUUGCUCCAGGGCUACGAGGUCCACGUCACUCCCAGCGUCCGCCCCGAGCCCGAGCAGAUGCGGGACAUUGUCACCUGCAGUGGUGGCACCUUCCUGCCCACCAUGCCCUGCACCUAUGGGCCCCGGAGGCUGGUGAUCUCCUGCAGGGAGGAUUCGGGGUGCUGGGCGCCGGCGCUGAGCGCUCGCCUGCCGCUGGCCUCAGCCGAGCUCCUCCUGACGGGGCUCCUGCGGCAGCGCCUCCAGCUCCAGGACUUCCUCCUCGCCCCCCCGGAGACCCUCCCAGGACCCUCAGGGGUCCCCCAAGAUCCCCCACCAAAGUCCCCUCAACCUCCUCCGGCGUCCCCUCGGCGUCUCCGGGCUCCUCCCCCGACGCAGGGCAGGACGCGGCGGGACCCCCCCAGCACCCAGCAGCACCCGCAGCCCCAGAAUAAAUGAGGGUUUUUGCACAGACACACACACACACAAAAAAAAGGUGAAAAAAGUAUGAUUUAGUGGUUGGGGGGGGUGGGAAUGUGGGGGUGGCAUCUCCUGUGGGGGUCCCCACUGUCAAUCAAAUUAUCAUUUUUAUCAAUUUAUCAUUUUCAACAAGCAAUUUACCACUUUAUCACUCA